UUGGCUAAAUGAGCCGUCAAUCACAGCCCCAGGUUUUGCGAGAGAGAGAGAGAGAGAGAGAGAGAGAGAGAGCAGACGUGUGGAGCAGCAGCAUGGAGGAGACUCAACUCACUACACAGAGCACAGCAGCCAUGUGAAGGUGAAGGAACAGGAUGUCCACUGAAGAUUGUCCUGCAUCAAACAGAGAAAAGCAAGUGACGGGAAACAUCUAUGCAUCUAUCUAUCCUGAACACACACUGCGGGAAAGUUUGGAUGGAAUAAGUCGUGUUUCAGACAACCAAAUCAACAUUAAACUCUACUACAGACUGAAGAAAGCACUCACUCCUCCCAACACCAUUUUUCUGAAUCAAAGUGUGUGAGUUUGGGUUCAUUUGAUUCAGCACUCAGAUCAGUGUAGAGAAAUAUGACAGCUUCAGUAACACACACUUUACAUGAGCACUGAACAAACUCUUACAGCAUAUUUAUCUUUAGAUGCUAGCCUAGCUAAGAUCGCAUUUACAAAUACAGGCUUCUAGCUCUCAUUUUUUUCUACUGAUUCAGUGAAAAGGUGACCGAUCUUUACUAAAGCGCUGGAUUGGUUUUAUCCAAUUCGCUUUAGAAGCAACAGAAUAGUUUAACAGAAUAGAUUUCAGAAUAGAUAGAACUCUCUCAUUCAUCAUUAAACCCACUGAUGAAAACUUUGUUAAUCAACUCAAAAAGAAUCGACUUAUUUGGCAGAUUAAUCACAAUAGAAAUGAUUGAAAAAUGACAGCGAAACGUUUGAUUUGUUCAUGUUUUCGGUUAAAAACAAGUUAUCAUUAAAUCGUUAAAUCAUCAUGGACAUGGAUGAGGACUGGAAGGACAUAAAGCACAGCAGCUUCUGCAUGUUAAACUGGGAGCAGGUGAAGCGCCUGGACACUGUCCUCACCGAGUCCAUCCCCAUCCACGGCCGCUGGAGUUUUCCCACGCUGCAGAUGAAGCCGCGGGACAUCGUUAAAGCUGUGCGACACAGAAUGGCUGAGCAGAACAUCUGCGUACGUGAGGUUCGGCUAAACGGCUCGGCUGCUAGCCACGUCCUGCACGAGGACAACGGUUUGGGAUACAAAGACCUGGACCUGAUCUUCUCCACCAAGCUGAAGGACGAGCUGGACUUCCAAACCGUCAAGAACAUUGUGCUGGAUGCUCUCCUGGACUUCCUGCCUGCUAUAGUGAACAAGACCAAAAUAACGCCGCUCACACUAAAGGAGGCGUAUGUUCAGAAGAUGGUAAAGGUGUGUAAUGACUCGGACCGCUGGAGUCUCAUCUCUCUGUCCAAUAACAGUGGGAAGAACGUGGAGCUGAAGUUUGUUGACUCUCUGCGGCGUCAGUUCGAGUUCAGUGUUGAUUCCUUCCAGAUCCGCUUGGACUCGCUCCUUCUGUUCUACGAGUGCUCUCUGGAGAAUGUUAUGAGUGCCUCCUUCCACCCGUCUGUCAUGGCUGAGAGUGUCUACGGCGAUUUUUCAGAGGCGCUGGAUCACCUACAGCAGCGGCUCAUUGUCACACAUAACCCUGAAGAGAUCCGCGGUGGUGGCCUGCUGAAAUACUGCCACCUGCUGCUGCGAGGCUUCCACGCCCCCAACCUUCAGGAGAAAGGCGACUACCGUGAGCUGCUUCAGCGUUACAUGUGCUCACGCUUCUUCAUUGACUUCCCUGGUGCAUCUGAGCAGCAUCGCAAACUCGAAUCCUACCUCCAGAGCCAUUUUGUCGGGCAGGAGGAGUGUAAGUUUGCGUACCUGAGCAUGCUGCACGACGUGGUGCGAGAGAGCAGCAUGUGUCUGAUGAACCGCGAGAGAUGCCGAGUGCUCGAGAUCAUCGCUGCAAUGGCUGUGAGAGCGCUGGCUGAACACAGCAAUGUCCCGAAUGUGGAAAACGUCACAUGCUACUACCAGCCUGCUCCACACAUCAAAGACAGAAACUUCAGCAACUACAACGUAGCUCAGGUGCAGAACGUGUUCACUUGCAAAACCGACCAAUCAGGACAAGUCUGGCUCUGUUUGUUCGUCUGACACACAUGCUGAAAUACAGUCUCUUUGUCAACCAAUCAGAGUGGAGCUAUUGAUGGACAGUACCAUGGAGCAAUCAGAAUCAUGUGAAACCUGGCAAUCUGAGAAAAGCCCUGUUCUUUUUGAACUCUGGAUCGUUCUCUUCUGCUUUUAAUGUUCUUAAAAACACGAAGCAGAAUUCGAUUUUGAAACUUUUCAUGACACGCUGAAAAUCAAUUUGAGACGAAACGGUCUUUUAGUUUUUUUAGAGAACCGUCACAUAUAUAUGGGACACCUUUCGGUUUGAUUUCUUCUGUAGCAACCAAUCACCAAGCAGGGAUCUAAUCGAACAAUGCCCAUGCCUUCGGUUUGGUCUGUGGUCCAGAGAUUUUUCUUUUAACUUCCAAGAUAAUAAAUAUGAAGAAGAAUUCGAGUCCACACCUUUCUGGCUGUAAAACAGUGUUCAUAAAUUACUUUUUACGCAAGAGAGAAAGAGGGAGAGCACGAUACCGGGAGACGAGAAACGAGAGAGAGGAGAGAGAAGGUCACUCGGUUCAGUUUCCAGUGAGCGCCAGAAUCUGAAGACACACCGACAACAUGAGCCUGAGAGCUAGAACCAAGCUCUGAUUCUGAUUAGGAGAGAGAGAGAGAGAGA